UAAAUUCUCAGUGUCAUAUGCAAAAAUUUUAUCGAAGUCAUGGAAAAAAAGCGGCGAAACGAGAUGUUAGAGAAAAAAAUCGACAAGAUCAAAGACCGUGGUGAUUUGCGCAAAUCCCCAGAGAAGGCUACCAAGAGAAGCGAUGAAAAUAAACAUGCAGAUCUAAAGAUGGUACACCCAGAAAGAGGUGACUCAGACCUAUUGGCAAAAUUCAAUCAAAUACCUGAAAAAAUGAGAAUGAAUAUAGUGAUGAGAAAACUAAAAAGUAUAACGGAUGCCACUGAGAAAGAGCUAAGCAAUAAAAAAAGUAUUGAUGGCCAGAGUUCAGCGAAUACAUUGGAGUUGAGAAAGCGUAUACGAGACAAAUAUACGCUGAAACUCAAGACCUCUGCGCAGAAAACUGAUAGACCACAAUCGGUUACUAAAAAAGAAGAACCUAAGCCAAUUACGAAAGACAAACUGAUCCAAUCUACAGAAGAUAACGUUUCAACCAAAAAUGAACCGAUUCCAGAGAAAAAACCAGAACGGGGUAUAAUAAAACCGGAGAAAACCAGUUCAAAAAACGCUCAAAGCACCAAUAAACACAAUCGGAAACCAAUGAUCAAAACUAUAAUGUCCAAAAAUGGUCAAGUCAGGAUAUUCAAGGCAGUCACAUUCGUUGACCAGGUAAAAAACCCAACACCGUUAGAAAUCAGCAUACCAACUGAUGCUAUGAAGAAAUUGAAAAUAACAAAAUGUACGGAUACUAGUUCUUUGAAGUUAAAACUGAAAAGAAGUCCGAGCCAGACGAGUAUUAAAGAUCGAUCAUCUCCAGUUAGAAAGAAAGUUGAAAGAAGAAAAGAGAAGAAACCGCAGAAGUGUGCUUUAUCACCUGGCAGCUCGAAGAUGAUCGUAUCACCCCCAACUGAGGUUGCAAGGUGGGCACCAGCGUCUAUAGAUGAACAGACUAAACCGUACUACGAAGCAUGGGUCAACACUACACUAGCAGCUAUAUCUAAAAAUACGAAACAAGACAAAUUAUUCUAUGAAAAAUACAAAGCAAGUCUACUGGCAAGUUUAAAGAAAGCUCAACAAGAAAGGCCACGCACUCCAGAAUUGGUUUACAAAAAUUACUCCGAUGAGAGGCUAAAUUAA